CAGCGGAGCCUGUUAAAGGGACACGGUCACCGGCAGCGAUAAUGGAGCGCGGUGGGAAGGCACCGGCAUCGGCACCGGGAGAGGCGAGGGCAUGGCAGGCUGGAGAUCCUGGUGCAGAUCCUGCUGCAGACCCUGCUCACCCCGGCAGCUGCCUCAGGCUCUGCUGACAGCCCCUGAGGCACAGCGGUGACACUCGACCCCGUGCCAGCACCCCGGGGUGCAGCAGGCACCCAGGACAGGCCGCUGUGCCUGCACGCUGGGGGGAUUCACCUGCCCAAGCCACGCCUGGCACUGGGACCUGCUGGGGGUUGUCCCACUGCUGUCCCCCAUUUCCCAGCACCGCCAGCUCAGCAUCCACCCAGCACGCCCAGUUUGGACCCAGCUUCACCACUGCUCCCCAAAAUGAAGGGAACUGCUCAGCUGCCACGUUUAACCCCAUCCCCUCUGCCUUCCCCUGGCAUGGCCCCAUGUGAGCAGCAGGUCCAGCUCGGCUGCUGCGCCCAGCUGGCCCUGGGGAGGCUGAGGGAGCUGCCUGGAUCCGGCGCCUGGCUCCUGCUUCCAUUAUUUAUAAGGCAGGUUGGGUUUCGCACUGGCAGCCGGGAGGGGGUUUGGGGGAGGAGACUGUGCACACACUCACACUCACACUCACACUCGCACUCACACUCACACCCUGCCCAGUGGGUGACAAGUGCAGGAGAAGCUGCUGGAGGGGACAGUGACUGCAGGGAUGUGUGGAUCCUUGGCCCCAUCCAGGUGCCGCGUGUUUUCCCCAUUGCCUGAGGUCCUUCCCCCCGCAGCUCCUUGUCCCCCCAGCAGUGCCCUGUCCCCCCCAUGGUGCUUGGUCCCCAAGGAGGUGUUCCAGGGGAAUUGCCACCCAGCAGCAGCCUGGGAGCAGGGGUAAUGGCCCAGCUCCUGGGGACACACUCUGCACCCAGAACAGGCCAGGUGCCACUGGGGCUGGCAGGCACUGGGAGGCAGUGGGGCCCUGGACAGUCCCUGUUGUCCUCUUGAUCCUGGCUGGCACAAGCCCAUUGUCACUAACCCCGGCUGCCUCCAGGCCUCAGAGUGGACAAGUUGUGAUAGCCCCAUGUCCUGGGGAUAUUUUCAUGCCAAGAAGGCUGAAAACUCCUUCAACAUGAGGAGUCCCUGGGCAAGGGGAGACUCCGUGUAUGUAUGUGUCCCUGGGGAAGGGGACACAGCUUGGGUGUCACUGGUCCAGGGGGUACCCACACCCUGGAGUGCCUGACAUGGGGAACCGGUCACCCCACUUCACCCUGCAGCCACGGGUCACCAUCACAAGCCUCCUGACCCCCCCCCCCGAUGGAGACUGUCCCUCCUGAGCGCCAGGAGGGUGGUGGCCGAUGUCCCCACAGUCCGGCCAGACCAGCGGCCGAGAGCCAAGUGACACGGCUCCCGCAGCCCGCUGCUCCCCUCCCAUCCCAGCGCCCCGGGGAUGCUGGAGCUCACACCCAGACCGUCCCCACGGCGACGGGACCCUGGGCCGAGCCUCCCCGGUGCAGCUGCAGCAUCCCCGGUCCGGCCGGAGCAGCGGUGGCCGAGCUGGACCGCAGUGCGCCGGGCGGGGGGGGCCGUCGCCGCAGCAACCGCCGUCGCCUAGCGCCGCUGUCUCCCGGUAACCCGUCGCCUAGCAAUGGGGGAUUUUUCACAGCUCGGGAUGAAGAGUUGAAAGUUAUUUUUAGCCCGGGCUGCGAAUCAAUAGGCAGCUCCAUUCGCCGCCCCGCAGGAUGCACGCGUGGGGCCCGGCUGCGCGGCAGCAGUGGGGGGACCAGGGGUGAGCAGGGCGGGGUCUGUCCAGCCUGGGGUCACCACGCUGGCACAGCCCACGGGGACCCCCGGGGCUUGGCCCCUUUUGUGCUGACCCCAGGGUUCAGAGCUCUUCCCCACCAAGGAUCUGAUUCUCCUCUAUGUUCCCCCCAUCCAGGCCACGUGCAGGUGAGGGUGGGUGAGGACAUGGGGACCCUCACACAGCCGUGGGGAUGGUCACACUGCUGCAGUGACCAUUAGUCCCUCUUCUCACUCUGGGGACCCUCAUCUUAUUGUGGGGACUCUCAGCCAGCCAUGAGGACUCUCUUCCAGCUGCUGGGAGCCUCAUCCUUUCAUGGGAACCUUCUCCCACUAGUGCGGACCUCUACCUUGCCAUGGGGACCCCACCUUGCCAUGGGGACCCCACCUUGCUGUGGGACUUCCACCUUGCCGUGUGUACCCCGUCCUUUCGAUGUGGACCCCCUCCUUGCCAUGUGGAUCCCUGCUUCAACAUGUGGACCCCAUCUUUGCUUUGGGGACCCCCAUCUUGCCAUGGGGACCCUUGCCCUGCCUUGGGGACCCUCACCCAUGGAUCCCCUCCUGACAGGCUCCCUGAGCUCCCCAAGCCCUUCCAGGGCACAUUCCCACUCUCAGGGACACCGGGCUGGGGGUCUGGAUGAGAGGGGACACUGAGAGGGGACAGAACCCGCUGGGUGCCAUGGAGAGGAGCUCGGGUUAUCCCUGCAUGUCCCCGGGGAUGGGCUGGGAGCUGAGCUGAGGCUCCUGAGCUAUUUUUUAAAGACAAGGUGGGUGCCUCCCACAGCCGCAGCUCCUUCGGGUGCUCGGCUGGGCGGGAGAGCUCCCCACGCAGCCUGGGGGAUGGGGAGCUGGAUGGGGACAGGCUGGGGACCUCCAGCCUCUGAGCAGCCCUCCAAGGUUCCAGCUCCUGGCCCAAAUCCCCCUUUUGCCUUUCCCGAAGGGUUUUUGCCCCUGGGCACAGCCUAGCCUGGAGCAUCACCCACCCACGGCAUAGGGUGGAGGGUGCCCAGAGCCACCCCACAGGGACAUUUUGUGGGCAGUGUGGAUGCCCUAGGGACCUUCCUGAGACUCCAGGAUGGAGGGGGGAGGCCUGCCCAGGAAAGAAGAAACCUUGGGAUGACCCAGCAGGAAGAGAUGGGAUCAUCAAAACCCAAAGGAAGCAGCCAUGGUCCCUCCUGCCAUGGAGCUGCUCCUUGAGUGGCAGAUGGGUCUGGGGAAGAGCAGUCCUGGAUGAGUCAGAGCAGAUCUAGAGGGGACAUGGAGAUGGUCAGGGGUCUGGAAGAACCUCUCUUGUGAGGAAAGGCUGGGAGAGCUGGGGCCAUCCAGCCUGAAGAAACCCUUCUGGCAUCCUGGUGAUACUUAAGGGAUCUUGGAAGAGCGAUGGAGAGAGGCUUUCACCAGGAACUGUAGAGACAGAAGAAGGGGGAAAAGUUUUCAGCUGGAAGAGGGUGCGUUUAAAUUGGAUAAAAGGAAGAAACGCGUUGUGGGGGAGGUGGUGAGGAGCUGGAGGAGCUGUGGGUGCCCCAUGGGGCCGGAGCAGCCCGGCCCGGUGGGAGGUGUCCCUGCCCAGGGCAGGGGUGGCACCGGGUGCUCUUCCAAGGUCCCGUUGGAGGAGCCGAAGUUCUGCUUCUCUGCGGGACGUGGUUUUCCCCCGCCCCAGCCGAGCCCCCCGAGGUCCCCUCGCCCGGGGGUGGCGGUUCCCGGCCGCUGUGCCCGCGGUCACCAGAGGGCACUGCGAGCCCGAGCAUCCCGGAGCGGCCCGAGGGGUCCGGGGCCAAGCGGGAGCCCGGAGCGGCUCCGGACCCGCAGCAGGGGCCGGCGGUUUCGGGGAGCUCCCGGGGGCGGCCGGGACUCGGACCCCCCCACUCCUUCCCAGUCCCUCGGGGACAACCCCCAGCGCCAGCCGGGGACAAGGAGGGGGUGGCCAGGGGACACAGCGAGGCUGGGGACACAGUCAGGGGACGGCCACCAGACCGAGCUCCCGGCACGGGUGGCUUCUCGGUGGGUGCCCAGAGGUGCUCAGCCCCAUGGGCUGGUCCGGAGGGCUGAGACAAUUGCGGGGUGCUGCGGGAGCUGUGCCCGGUCCCGGCUCAGCCCCAGCUCCGGGGGCUGCUCCGAAGGGGCUCCUGGUCCCCUCGAUGGCCAUGCCCCGACUGCGGGGGUGCCCCAUAUCGUGUGGAGGGAGGGAAGCCAGGGUUGGUGGCCACGGUGGUUUGGUCCAGCUGGUGCCAAGGUUUCUCCAGUAACACGCAGUUAAGGUGGGUCGGGGGCUGUGGAGGGGGUCGGAGGUGCAGACUCACGCCGGGGUGCUGGCAUUAGGGCAGACACCGCCCUGUGCUUGCGGGGAUGGUGGCACCAUGUCCCACCUCCCUGCACCUGCGGUGUCCCAAGAGAACAUCCCCGGAGGGUGCUGAGCACCUCACUGGGCGGGGGAUCGGCCUCGGUGCGGAGAGGUCCUGGUGUGGGGACACCAGUGCCUGGUGCCACCCUGCCUCUGGUGCCACCUUGCCCCUGGGCACCCGGCCAAAGCCAUCCGUGGGGUUCCUGGGUGGAUUCCCUGCCCAGCUCCGAGCCCAGCCGGUUCCACUUCCCCGCGGUGUCACCGGGUCGGCCCUGGGACCGUUUCCCCCCUGUGCCGGGGUCACUGUGACCCUCCGGGGCACAGCCAGACCCUCGACCCAGCCACCCUCUGGCAAACCCCACAUGGCAGCUGCUGGGCUCAGCACGAGGGCCAGCGGGCAGAGAGCCGCCCACCUCCACCCGACCCCCCCCAGCCCCCGACACCCCGACAUCCCGACCCGCUCCACCUUAACCCACAGCCCCUCCGGCCCCUCAUUUUCCACGGAUUCCAGCAGCAUGACUUCUUUCAGCAUCAUUUCAUGGCCGGAGGGCUGUGAAUCCUCGUCUCCCCGCCUGCCUCCCCCCUCCCCUUCCCCCCUUCCCCUCUUUCUUCCCACCAUCCCAAUUUACAAUCCCUCAUUUCCAUUCCGCUCCACCCUCUGGCCGGGGACUUUGUUCCCGGUCUGUAUCAUCCCAUCUCAAUUGUUCCGUGUUUAUUUCAAACAUUUUGGCGGGCUGUCACUGGAUGGAAACUUAAUUAAUGGUGGGGUCUGUAGUGGUGGCACAAUAGCGGCUGGAAGGGAGGGGGUGGGAAGAAAUCCCGAGGUUUGGAAGGGGGGAAUUGGGGGUUCGGAUGUGCCUGACCCCCGUGUCAGGCCCGGUGCCACGUGCCUGGGCUCCCCCUGGUUGGAAAAGUGUCUCCGUGAGGAGGGAGAUGCUGCUGCUUGUGGUGGUGGGGGGGGGGGUAUGGGGAGGUUGGAGGAGUAUGUAACUUUUGGGGUACACGUUUCUGAGGGGUGUAAACCAGGGGUGUGCAUGGGUUGGGAUGUAUAGAGCUGGGGGAUAUGAGGGUUGGGGUGUGUGUGGGUUGGGGUGCACAUGGAUUGGGGUGUAUAGAGCCUGGGGUGCAGAACUCGGGGUGCAGGUGACCCGUGGUGUGUGUAACUCAGGGCUGUGGUGUGUGUAACUCAGGGCUGGGGUGUGUGUAACUCUUGGGGUACACGGCUCUGGGGAGGGGGUAUACGUACACCAGGGCAUAGAUUGGGGUGUACCCAGCGUGGGGUGCCUGUAGCCUCACGCAUGGAUAGCUUGGGUGUGUACAUAUCUGUAUAUGUACAUAACUGUGGGUGUGCGUAUCCUGGGGUGUACCUGGCCUGGGGUGUGUGCAGGUCUUGGGGUGCACAGUUCUGGGGGGUGCAUAAACCAGAGAGGUGCAGUCUGGGGUGUUCAUAGCCUGGCCUAUGCCUGUAGCCUGGGGUUGUGCAAAGUUGGGCUGUACCUGGCCUGGAGUGUCUAUAACCUGGGGUGUGCGCAGUCGGGGUGUCUAUAGCCUGGGGUGUGCACAGUCGGGGUGUGCACAGUCGGGGUGUGCACAGUUGGGGUGUCUAUAGCCUGGGGUGUGCACAGUCGGGGUGUGCACAGUCGGGGUGUGCACAGUUGGGGUGUCUAUAGCCUGGGGUGUGCACAGUUGGGGUGUGCACAGUUGGGGUGUCUAUAGCCUGGGGUGUGCACAGUCGGGGUGUGCACAGUUGGGGUGUCUAUAGCCUGGGGUGUGCACAGUUGGGGUGUGCACAGUUGGGGUGUCUAUAGCCUGGGGUGUGCACAGUUGGGGUGUUCCCAGCCCGGGGUGCUGUAGCCGCGGCUGUGCCCGGCCGUGGCCGUACAGAACUCAGGGUGCACCCGCGGGGGGACGGAUCUGUAACCUGGGGUACCCCAGCCCUGCGCCGGCUCCUGUCCCCUGGCUCGGCCACGUCCCCGCCCGGUGUCCCCCCGUGCCGGCGGGUGCGGAGAAGCCCCGGGGGGCUCCGGGGAUGCCGCUGCCGCGGGUGCCGGUGCCCCCGGCGGUGGGGAGGGGGUCUUGGGGGCGGGUCCCGUGCCCGCCCCGCCGCCGCCAUUGGCGGAAAGUUCGGGGCGCGACGCGGGGUGGUGGCCGCACUCCCCCGUCCCCGGCGCCCCGGCCCCGGUGC